AUGUCAGAUUUUAUUAUCACUCCAACAAUGUUUAAACACAUAUUCGGCCAAGCUACAAUUCAAUGUGCUAUAAUAUUCGCAAUGAUGUUUGCUGGGGAAAAUUUUAUUCCUGAAUAUGGGAAUGGAAAAAGCAUUUAUUACAACCCAAGCAGUGAAGAUUAUGUAAAAUCAGGAAGAGACUACAAUUUCAAAGGUGACAAAGAUUGCUAUUGAUUAUACAAUAAUACAGAUAUAGGCCCAAGCAGGAUGGUGACUUUUAUUUUCAAUGUUUUCGUCUUAUUUCAGCUUUUUAAUGAAAUAAACUGUAGGAAAUUGCAAGACGAGACUUGUAUUUUAUCAAAUAUAACCAAAAACUGGCUUUUUGUAUUUAUCUGGUUUGUUAUAUUUUGGGUUCAAGUCAUUAUGGUAGAAGCUGGCGGUUGGGCAAUGGGCUGCCAUUUGGACGGAUUUACUGUUGAGCAAUGGUUUAUUUGUAUUGCAUGGGGAUUAGUGCCGAUUGUGUCAAGAUGGCUGAUUAUUUUAAUUCCAUUUAAAGAUAAAAUACUUGUUUUACUACUUACUCUCCUCCUCCGUGAGUGAAUAAAAAAAUUUUGUUCACUCACGGAGGGAGGUUAAUUUUUUUUUUUAAAAACAUUUACAUAUAAAUUUUAUUAAAAAUUGUUUUUUCGAAAUUUAAAAAAAUCCUAAUUUGCAAAAAUUCGGAAUCAAAUAUUAAUUUAAUUUAUAAAAGUUAUGUUUUAAGUGAAAAGCUGUUUAAAAUUAAGCAGAAUUAGCUCGAGAUUUCAUUAUACUAAUUAUCACUUAUAUAUUAAAUUUUCUAUUACAAAAAUAUUUUUGUUCACUCAAAGAGGGUGGGUUUUUGGCAAAACACAUAGGGAUUUUUCCAAUGGUUUUUUUUCACUCACGGAGGGGGGAAUUAGGUCUUAGUUUUAGUCUUAGUUAAAUUUAUAGAGUAGCUCUCGGCCAGGACCGAAGGUCCUUUUCUUCCGCCUUUUGGACACCUCUCUUGCCCUGCUCCCAGUGUGCACCUAAGUGUCACAGGCUACCACUCAGCUCCUUCCGGCCAUGGGGCUUGGUCAUGCUAUCCCGGAAGUAGGCGGACUGGGUCACCGUGCUUCACGUCGCCAGACUAAGGUUAGAGCUAAGGAUUAACUCCUUAGCUCUUGUCGGCUCCUGCCAUGAAGUAGCAACCAUUCAAUCAGCUUUUGCCACAAGGUCUUAG